UGAGGGGCGACGGAGGCGCGCUUGCACCGUGGGCGGUGAGUGCGCAGGCGCUUUCGCUGGAUCUCCGCGGGCGCCAAUUCUGGAGGCUAGGAGCUGGCUACUUCUCCACAGACAUGAUUGAUUUUUCACUGUGCUGAAGCAGAGCAUCCUUUAAAAUCCUCUCAAGCUCCUAACUUCGGAGAUGGUGACAUUGCUUUGAACAAGGAGACCAGUGACUGACUUUGUGGGACGUGUUCUGGUCUUGGCUUUUGUUUUCCUCCCCGAAUUUGGAGAACCAUGGAGAACUGGUACUGGAUGACACUAGUGGUCUUAAUAGGACUCACAGUGCGGUGGACGGUGUCUCUUAACCCUUACUCAGGUGCUGGAAAACCUCCUAUGUUUGGUGAUUAUGAAGCUCAGAGACACUGGCAAGAAAUUACCUUUAAUUUACCAGUAAAAGAGUGGUAUUUUAACAGCAGUGAUAACAAUUUACAGUACUGGGGAUUGGAUUACCCACCUCUUACAGCCUAUCAUAGUCUCUUAUGUGCAUAUGUGGCAGAGUUUAUAAAUCCCGACUGGGUUGCUCUGCAUACAUCACGUGGAUAUGAGAGUCAGGCGCACAAGCUCUUCAUGCGUACCACAGUUUUAGUUGCUGAUUUGCUCAUUUACAUCCCAGCGGUGCUUUUGUACUGUUACUCCUUAAAAGAAAUCUCACCUAAGAGAAAGAUCGCUAGUGCAUUAUGCAUAUUGCUGUAUCCAGGUCUUAUUCUUAUCGACUAUGGACAUUUUCAAUAUAAUUCUGUGAGUCUUGGUUUUGCUUUGUGGGGUGUUCUUGGAGUAUCUUGUGACUGGGACCUGCUAGGGUCAUUGGCAUUUUGCUUAGGUCUAAAUUAUAAACAGAUGGAGCUCUACCAUUCCCUGCCAUUUUUUUGCUUUUUACUUGGCAAGUGUUUUAAAAGAGGCCUCAAAGGAAAGGGAUUUGAGUCGUUGAUGAAGAUAGCCUGUACUGUCCUGGCUUCCUUCCUUCUGUGUUGGUUGCCCUUCUUUACAGAAAGGGAACAUGCCCUGCAGGUUCUAAGAAGACUCUUCCCUGUUGAUCGUGGAUUGUUUGAGGAUAAAGUAGCCAAUAUUUGGUGCAGCAUUAAUGUUUUUCUGAAGAUUAAGGACAUUUUGCCUCGUCACAUCCAGCUAGCAAUCAGCUUUUGCCUUACAUUUGUGAGCUUGCUUCCUGCAUGUAUAAAAUUGGCCCUUCAGCCUUCUUCUAAAGGAUUCAGAUUUACUCUGGUUAGCUGUGCACUAUCAUUCUUCCUGUUUUCUUUCCAAGUUCAUGAGAAGUCCAUUCUCUUGGUGUCAUUACCAGUUUGCUUAGUUUUAAAUGAAGUUCCUUUCAUGUCGACUUGGUUUUUACUGGUGUCAACAUUUAGCAUGCUGCCUCUUCUAUUGAAGGAUGAUCUCCUAAUGCCCUCAGUUGUGACAACGAUGGCGUUUUUAGCGGCUUGUGCCACCUUCUUUCCAAUGUUUGAGAACACUUCUGAAGAAGACCUGCAGUUGAAGUCCUUCGCAGUUUCCGUGAGGAGAUGGCUUCCGGGCUUCACGUUCCUUCCCAGGAUGAUCCAGUAUCUGUUUCUGUCUUCAGUCGUCACCAUGGUCCUUCUGACGAUUUUGAGUGUCACAGUGAACCCUCCCCAGAAAUUACCAGACUUGUUUUCUGUACUGGUGUGUUUUGUGUCCUGUAUAAACUUCAUAUUCUUCUUGGUAUACUUUAACAUUGUAAUCAUGUGGGAUUCCAAAAAUGGAAGAAAUCGUAAGAAAAUCAACUAGUUAUUUUCCCAAUCACAUGCAGUCUUUUGUUAUGUAUCAGUGAGUGUACAUCUUUAGAAUCAUGGCGUCAUAGGAAAAGAGAUGGUUACUGCCUAUUGUUAUCUACAUACACUGCCUGUGGGACCAAAGCACUUGCUUUUUAAGUAUUUUUUGGUAAAGCAUAUUGUAGUUUUGGUAACAAUCACAGAUAUUUAAAUGAUAAAACAAGAGAAAAAAUGUUGCAGUAGCUCACAUCUUCAGUCCCAGUACCAGGAGGUAGAGGCAGGUGGACCUUGGUUCAAGGUCAUCCUUGGUUACA